AUUCUAUUUCUAGCAGUCAAUACCUUAGUGUAGAUCUAUCUAAUAAGUAGGUCUAGGUCUAAUAAGUUUUUUGAAGAUGACGCAUCAAAUAAACAUUGAAAAAUACCAUCACAAUACUAGUUCUAAUAGUUUAUUUAACGAAAAGGCUAGAUUCUUACUGAUUUCUUAUUGUCAAGUUAGAUCUACGUACCACUUCAGUAAUAAUCGAGUAUUGACAGUGUGAUGGGAUGGCAACUUUCUCCAUGGGAAAACUUGAUGCCAUCUGUGCUCGUCUCAAGUCCUCCCAGCAGUUCCAGAAGGACACACGCCUGAAGAAGGACGAGCCUGAUGUCUGGAGGGGCAGCAGUCAGGCCAAGAGAGGGCAGCACUACCCCCCUGCCCAUGGGCUCAACUCUCCUAAUGCCAGCAGCCUGGCUGAUGAACUCCAGGCUCAAGCUGGCAUUGUCUCCCCUCUCACAGCCAACAGCGCGGUGGUGCAUCACAUGACCAAAAGUGACAGUAGUAUCCCCAAAAACAACAACAACAAUGUCGAGGCUACAGACUACAACGGCGUUGCUGCAACAGUUCAGACUGCUGACUCUACAACAACUGAUUCCAUUGUCUCAUCCACAACGUCUGACCCGCCUGUCUGUACCACUGCUGACCCGCCUGUCUGUAGCACAGGUGACCCGCCUGUCUUUAGCACAGGUGACCCGUCUGUCUGUACCACUGCUGACCCGCCUGUCUGCAGGAUAGCUGACCCACCAGUAAGCAGCAGCAACACCAACAGCAACACCAACAGCAACACCAACAGCAACACCAACAGCAACAGCAACAUUCCCAGCAGCUUUGAGCUGACUGACACUCUGCCACACACCCUUGCUGAGGUCAGUGACCAGACAAAACACCUGGCACCAGUUGACCUAUUGACCUCCUCAGGUCUUCACCCAGGACCGUCUUUACACCUGAAAUCCACCUUAAGUCCACCAGCUGACGGGACCCCACCCCCAGAAAACCAUCCUGAUAUUACAGACAGUGGGGCUGUCCAUGGCGCCACCUUUCCUUCUCCAGCCACCCCCGCUGGUGACACUAACACCUUUAGUAAAACACCUGUGUUUGAUAAUGAACCAACAUCAACUUUAACCCUCUCACCACUGACCAGUGUCCACGUGUCAUCCAGCCAACUGAUAGAGAAUUUGACAUCUGGCUUUGACUGUGACAACGCUGACAACAUUGAGACAGAGGUAGCUCAAAACUUGAACAACAUUUUCAACGAGGCUUUUAAUUUUUCAGACCAAAAGUUUUCUCUAGAAAAUUCCCCGGAGAGCCUUGAACCAAAAUUUGUUCUAGGAUGUUCUAAAGACGUCAAAGAUGUCGAACAACCUAUUUCUCUAGCAAGCUGUUCAGAGCCUCAAAAUAUAGAGGAGAAGGAUGCAAUAGAUUUCUCAUUUCCUGGCUCUGUGUGUCCCCUAGUUUGUGAUACUGUCACCCCUUAUGUCUGUGGCUCACCGUCUAGACUGUGUGGGUCCCCCCCUACACCAUGUGGGUCACCCUCUAGACCAUCUGGGUCCCCCUCUAGACCAUCUGGGUCCCCCUCUAGACCGUCUGGGUCCCCCUCUAGACUGUGUAAAUCCCCCACCCCAAAUGAGGCCCAGUCUGGCACCAACUCCCUGUCCAGCCUGGAACCACCAGCAGCUGCAGCUCUGGCCCCGGGGAGAAGGAAGAGUCGCAAGGCAACCAAGCCCCAGAGACAGGUGGCUGUGAAGCAGUUCCAGAGUCCAGUCCUGGGGCCAGACUUAACUGUCUUAACACCAGCAGCAGAUGAAGAAACAAUCAUCUACAGCCCGCAGUCUGAUGGCACCAACAGGUGUGAGCCUCAGACAGGUGAGACCCCUGGGACAGAAGGUCACCUGACCUGCCCUACACCCUCCCCACAAGACCCCAACCUCAGCAUGAAUACACCAGAAAGUGUGGAUGAAUUCCUCCAGUCUAAAGCUCACCUAAACUCAAGCAGCGGCAACCUUGAAGGUCAGACCAUCUCUGACAAGACAACUGCUCAUCCUCAGACAGAAAGUUCCCUCACCGCUCACCUUCUCUCAGAGGGUCCUCUCAGUCCUCCUGUUGAGUCAGAUAGCCCUCCCACUGAUACCCCAGACACUAAAGGCCUUGUGGACUUCGCACACAACACCAUGAACGAGCUUCUGGGCAUCUACGGGUUUGAAGGCUCGGACACAAAAAAUAUUUAUUUAAGUCACAUCAAAAACUUCCAGUCACCCCCGCCGGUGGGGGAGGAUAAAAAUGUGAGUCCCCCUGACAUGUCAGCCCUGGAUAGCAGCAAGCCAGCGCCUGGACCUUUCAGGAAGAGAGUUUAUACCAGCCUGUCUCAGCCUGCUCACACAGACACAGCAGGUGAGAAGUCUGAGGCAGAUGACACAUCAGUGGCCCCACCCCCACAGGCCAAGCUCAAGAAAUCUCUGUGGACCUCAAAGUAUGGCAAGACCAAGAAAUCUUACCAUCAAAAAGUUUUCAGUUCUUCAGAUUUCAACAACUACAUCAGAAGAUAUGGAAAUGGCAUUGACUGUGGAGGUAAACUUUGUCAAGAUCUUGGCUACAGAGACCAUUAUCAUUGCAUGGACUGUCCACAGAAGGUUUUCAUCAGGAAAGAAGAGAUGGUCCGCCAUUACAAGUGGCACAAGAAGCGCCAGGACUCUCUACAACAUGGCUUCAUGCGCUACAGCCCCAUGGAUGACUGCAGCAAGAAAUAUGACACGUGUAGCCAUAAUGGGCGACAGACACAUUAUCACUGUGUGCAGAGAGGCUGUGAUAAAGUCUAUGUCAGCACCUCUGAUGUCCAGAUGCAUGCCAACUUCCACAGAAAAGACUCAGCCAUCAUCCAGGAAGGUUUCCAGAGGUUCCGUGCUACAGAGGACUGUGGCACCACCUCCUGCGCCUUCUACGGACAGAGAACAACACACUUCCACUGUCGCAGGCCACACUGCAAUUUUAACUUCAAGAACAAGGCAGACAUGGAAAAACAUAAAAGUUACCAUCAGAAAGAUGAAGUUUUGAGCCGGGAUGGCUUCAAGAAGUUCAUGAAGUACGAGCUCUGUCCUUUCUCUGGCUGCCGUUACUCCAAGAAUAGCAAUCACAUUCAUUGUAUUAGACCAGGCUGUCAGUAUGUCCUACACUCCACCGCCCAGCUGUAUUCCCACAAGAGGAAACAUGAAAGACGUGAGUUUGAACACGCCUACCGCAGUUUCCGCCACCUCCAGCAGAAACAUGGUGCCCCCGCAUCCAGCGUGAAAGUGGAGUCUUCCAGCCCUGAUGAGCCACCCCUGCUGGUGCCAGCACCUGUCAACCUACCUGUGAGUUCUCUCAGCAACACCUCUGUAGCACCUACAGCACAGAAUCCUACCAUCACAGCUCAGCUGAAUCCUCCCAUUAUAACUCCCCAAAAUCCUGCAAUUAUACCCCACUUGACCCCUUCCAUUAUAACACCCCAGAAUCCACCUAUACCCCACUUGACCCCUUCCAUUAUAACACCCCAGAAUCCACCUAUACCCCACUUGACCCCUUCCAUUAUAACACCCCAGAAUCCACCUAUACCCCACUUAACCCCUUCCAUUAUAACACCCCAGAAUCCACCAAUUAUACCCCACCUAACCCCUCCUAAUACUAAUCUUCAGAAUUCUCCCAUCAAAAUUCACCAGAAACCUCCCAUUAAAACCCCUGCCAUUGCAAGUCAACAAAAAACCCCACUUGCAGAAGUUGCUGAAAAUCCUACCCACAGUGGUUCACCAAAGCUUGGCCUUGACCUUCAGACCAUGCCACUUAACCCUGACCUUCAGAGCAUGCCACUCAACCUCUCCUGCCAAUCAGACUUGAAAGACGAGGCUUUGAAUUUAACCAAUCGCAGAAGCCAAACACUGGAGAAAGCCUCUAAUGAUCCUGUGACACAGUUACCUGUGAUCCCCACCCCGGAGGCUCCACUGACCAGUGGCUACAGCGGAGAUGGCUGCAUAAAACUAGAACCAGAGGACUUGUCCAUGAAAAACAAAGUUAGCUUGAAGAGCACUGGAGAGGGAAUAGAUGUAGGUUCUAUACCUGAGCAGGACAGAGGAGUUUCAGUAGAGGAGCAGGAUGGAGCAGGUUCAAUACCAGAGCAGGAUAGAGAGAUCUCCCAGCAAAGUUUUGAGGAUAGCUGGAUGGAUGAUGAGGAUGACGAUGAUGAUGACGACGACAAAGACUAUGGGCAAGUGGAAGAGCCAACCCUAGUGAAUGCAUCUCUGGAGGGCGACCAGCUGAACACUUCUCUCAACCUCUCUGUACUUCCCCUGGAGGGAGUGAAGGAUGAAGUACAAGUACUUGACCCCACACUUCCCCAGGGGGCAGUGAAAGUAGAGGUGCCUGCCCUGGGCCUGGAAUCAGCUCCAGCCAUAAGACAGGCCCCCCCACCCCAGACUGCCGCAGCCAGUCUGGAUUUACUGGCUGCCCCACCCCACAUGUCAACAAGCCCUCAAGCAUUUAUGUCCCAAGGCAAGGUUGUGGGCGUGGCACUGCCCAACCGUCCUACACCUGAGAAAAGAGAGCGAGAUGAAUCUUGGAAAAAAUACUUAAUUAGGUACACAGCUAAUGACGCCUGCUACUCUCGCUGUGUCUGUCUUUACAAAGAUCAUUACCAUUGUCGCAUUGAGGGGUGUCAGGUCAUAUUUAAAUCAAAAGAUGGAGUGAGGGGCCACGCGCGGCUCCAUGACAUCCAAGACUGCAUCACACCUUUAGUGUACUGCCACUUUGGGCCAGAUAUAGGCUGCACCCUGCCUGACUGUCCCUACAGCAGGAAAGAGAGUCACUACCACUGUAACUGGACCAAUUGUUGCCAGGUAAUCUCCGGCUCUGCCCCAACCUUUGCCAGAUUGGAACACUACAGGAUACAUGACUAUACCACAGCUGCUGUAGGCAAAGGUCGAGGUAAUUUAGGUUCCAAAUUAGACCUUGACCCAUUACAGAAGCGCAGAGGUCGUCCACCAAAAUACCCCAAAUACGACCUGCCCAAGGUACCCAAAGUUCACCUGACAGAGAGGGAGAUCACAGACUCUACUAUAGCCUUCAUGCACAACCUGUGUGAUGAAAACAGCAAAAUCAUUAACGGCUUCAAAAAAUUUGUCGUCCCUGAGACCUGCCCUGAUGAGGAAUGUGUGUUCAAACACAAGGACCACUACCACUGCGGCCGCAAGUUCUGCCACAUGGCCACAGACAUGCUGGACGUGCUCAAUGUUCACGCUAAAGAAUUUCACAACAACGUCACCAUCCUUGACGGGUUUGAGUUCUACGAGCGGAUGGUCAACUGCCGCAGGCCCGUGUGCCACAACAACAAAAUCAACCGCCACUUCCACUGCACCAGGUCCAGGUGCGACUACUCGUUUGUGCGCUACAGCACCAUGGCCCAGCACAACAAGAAACACCCGACUGUCACGUCUGCUGUACUAUCCACGCCAGUCACUCGUACAGUCAAUGCCACGUCUGCUCUACAAAACAAGGUCAUCACGUCUCAGUACAUCCCCAUUGCCCCAGCGGUCAACGCCUCCGUGUCCCACACCAGCCCAGCAUCUCCUUUAGUCAUGUCCUCAGCUACCACCCCCAUCACCAGCCCCAACAUCAUCACCCCCAUCAUCACCAGCCCCAACAACAAAACUGUCAAGUCAGCCGGCACUUUUUUCCCUUUGUCUGGCCCAUCACACUACAAGCUCACACCUGUGGCCACAAGCUCCCAGCCUCUGGGGGAGAGAAGUGGCGCAGUCCUGUCCCACUUCUCACAACCCCUGACCACCCCCCAAUUAGGGGAGUUAAACAGCAAAGUCCUGUCACAGUUGUCGCAGUCCCUGACCAAAUCCCAGCUAGGGGAGAUAGGUAACCAAGUCUUGUCCCACUUCUCGCAGCCCCUGACCAACUCCCCCAAGCUUGUCUCCCUAGCACAAAAUUUGCCACCAAACGGUGGAGCCUCCCUGUUUACAAGUGGUGGGGUGUGUUUAGCCCUCCCGCCUAACUUAAUGGGCACCCACAUCCCUGUCAUCACACAGAGCAGCACACCAGGCAUCCAGACCAGCCUGCUGGCAGGCCUCAUACCUGUGGGCCAGCUGUCUCACCAGGGCCUGGCCAACCUCCCCGCCACGCAGCUCUUCACAACUCCCCAAGGUCACUUCCUUCAUCAAGGUCAACUCGUGUCCCCCAAUGUACUCCAGCUGAUCUCCCCUCCCAGUGCCAGCACACCCAGCAAGGCCCCGACCUCAACACCAGGCACAGGUCAAGGUCAGUCAACAAAGAGAGGUCAAGGUCCUGCACCAAGGGCAGGUCAAGGCCACUCACCGAGGCUGACAGUCCUUCUCCAGCAGAUGCAGCAGCAGGGCGUGAGCUCUGAGCUGAACUGGCCGAGCUUAAAGAAACAGAUGCACUACUCUGUGGAGCUGAACUGCGGGCGGCCCUUCUGUAAGCUGAAGAAGAAAGACCACUACCACUGUCUGGACUGUAACCAGGCCUUCUCAGACCCAGCCAGGCUGCGAGCACACAUUGGGAAACAUGGCUUCAAGUUUCACAAGUCUGACCUGGCUCCACUGGACAAGUCUGAUCUGGCUCCACUGGACAAGUCUGACCUGGCUCCACUGGACAAGUCUGACCAGCUCAUGCCGGUGGAUCUAUCUGUGUCCUCUGAGAAGAAAGAGGAGCAGGCAUCUGAAGAGGAAGACACUGAAGAGAGGGCAGUGAACCUGUCCCUCAAUCUUCAGCCAUCUUUAUUUACCAGCAUGGUGACCAAGUCUCAUACACCCCCCAGUAUUGUCAACAGUGGGAACACAACCCCCAACAAGACUGAGCCCCCUAGUACACCUCCGGGUCUGAUGAUGACCCCCUACAAGACUGACCCCCUUAUGAUGACCCCCUACAAGACUGACCCCCUUAUGAUGACCCCUAACAAACCCAGCCCCUCCAGCUCACCUGUCAGCCUGAGAGCUAAGCUGUCAGAGAUGGAUGAGGAGAGUGACGGCCUGGAUGACUUCAGUCACUCCCACAACAGCCGUGACUCCCAGCGGGAUGAGUACCUCGACUCUCCGUCAUUGAUCAUUGACGACAGUCUGGACAGUAGUGCAGAAUCAUCAUUAAAUGUCUCUUCAUCAAGCUUAACCCUGUGCUCGUCUUUAUCCAGGAAAUCUGAGCGGAAACGCACCUACACCAAAAAUGAAGGUUUCAUCAACACCGACGCAUUAGUCAUUCCCAAAGCUCCAAAAGUCAGGAAGACUGGCCACGGCACUAAAACAGAUGCGGAUCUCCCUGCCGGAUACAAGCGGGUGCGGUGCGGCGAGGACUGCGGACAUGUGAGGUGUGCCUACAGACAGACUGUAACGCACUUUCACUGUCUGCGCGCUGACUGUGGUUACGGUUUCAGUGACAAGUCGCGCAUCAUGCAGCACCGCAUCCGCCAUGAGCGCCUGGACACGCUGAUGGGCGGGGAGUUCCAACAGUUCAGAGCAUCAGUCAGCUGUGAGCGGGCUGACUGUGAGUUUGAUGCUAAAGCCUCCCACUUCCACUGCCUGAAGUGCCCCUACUCCUGCGCUGACUCCAGCAAGGUACCUGCCCAUCGCAAGUACCACACCAAACUGGACAACAUCAGCAGCAAUGGCUUCACCAAGUACGCCGGCACAGCUGACUGCCAGAUAGCAUCCUGCUCAUACUUCCGCAAGCAGACCCACUACCACUGUACCCACCCUGGGUGUAACCAUGCCGUGCUUGGGCCAUCCCAGAUGGCACCCCACAAACUCAAACACGCCCAGCACCAGGCCCUAGGAUAAAAUUUACCUUAUAUUCUUCAACAAUGCAAUCCAUUUUUCUUUGAUAAUUUAUUUAUAUAAUAUUUAUUUAACUUGUGGAGAAGUACUAUCCAACAUUUUUCAAAUAUUUGUGAUUUAAAACAUUAUUAGAAUAUUUUAUAUCUUUAUUUUGUGAUAUUUUUAAUAUCUUUUUGAAUCCAUUUAACAUAAGCAGUGUUAGCAUUCUUGAGACAUUCCACCAGUGAAAUUCCUUCAACCUGUCUGCUAGCCAGGCUUAGAGAUCAGACAACAGAGUGGCUUAAUAAAAACAUGGAGCCAUCAUAUUUGGAACUAUCCAAUGCUGUGCUCACAUUAAAUUUUGUUUAAUUAUCUUUAAAUACAAUCAGUGAAAUCCAUUUUUUCCAAGGAAUCCGUUUCACGUAUAUGCAAUACAAUGUAUAAUGAAUCAUAUUUAGUAUGUAACUAACAUAAAUUUUCACUGUCUUUUACACAUAACAUAGGCACAUACACAAGUAUUUAUCAUAAAUAUAUUAUAACAAGUAUGUUAUCAUUAAGAUUAUGAUUUUGUACAAUAUUUUUAAAUGACUCCAUGUUUUAACUAGCAUGUAAAUCAGAAAAAAAAUGCCCUCAAGGAGUGGAUAGAAAACAGCUCAAGAGAUUCACUUUUGUUGUGACUUGGGUGUUACACUGUAUGUUGAGGCUUGGCCAGAGGAACAUUUGUUGUGUACUUGUUAGUGUUACAUCCUGCUGAUUCUACCAUCCUGCUGAUAACAAUUGAUUAUAUUGUACUUUACCAUCCUGCUGAUUCUACCAUCAUGCUAAUAACAGUUGAUUGCACUCUACCAUCCUGC